UAUGAUAAUAUAUUAUCUAACGGCUAUCCAUCGCUGAAACGGAAGCUAUGUGACGGCUACGAAUAAACAAGGGGUAACUUUGUAUAUUAUCUGAGAGCUCCGACCCCACAAAAACCCGUUUUUGAUAGGAUAGGCAGGGAACGAAGCACACAAAAGUGGAAGCUUGUUCUCGCACUCCCAAACGAAAAUGGCGACUCUUUCACUCUCAGCUCUUCAUUCAAUUUCUACCCGCAAACCCAUUUGUUCCUUCGUCGUUCCAAGCUCUUCCCCGGCCGUUAUUCCAUGUCGUAACACUCGCCUCCGGAGCUACGGCGUUGCUGGCUCCUCAAGGUGUUGGAUAGCCUUAACGGCGAACUCGAACAAGUCCCGUGGAGUUAGAAAGGUGAGGUCUGUGGAAGAAGAAACCCUAGUUCCGGAGCAAGAAGAAGAGCAAGCUACUACCCAACAAGAAGGAGAAGGGGAAGCCGCCUCGUCGUCGGAGCAGCAAGCCGUCUCAGUUCCCGUUUCGGCCUCGGACACUCUCACCAUGUUCUUUCAGGCAGAUGGAACAAUGAGUGAGGCGGGUAUUCCAAGGGUGGUCGACGCCUUAGAGCAAAUUCAGGGUGUCUCCAAUUUGAAGGUUAAUGUCAUUGAGGGUAUUGCUAGUGUUGGGUUGGAAAAACAGACAACAGUCCAAGCUACUGGGGUGGCUUCCAGCUUGGUUGAGACCAUACAGGGUUCAGGCUUUAAACUACAAACAUUGAAUUUGAGUUUCAACGAUGAAGAAAAUGUUGCUGUGUAGAUCAUGAUUCAUGAAAGCUCCACUCGAAAUUAAGGUUCGAACAAAAGGAAAGAGAAAAAGUAUAAUUUUGUUACUGAAGUUAUGUUAUCUUGACUCUUCCUCAUGGGGCCAUCUUGUAGUUAUUUAGUGUUGAGAGUUUCAUAGCCUUCAUUUAUGUGGUAUCCGAGGAAUGCAUAUUACUGUUAUUGAGGAUAAACGUUCUGGUUGAAAGAAAUUUUCAUAAUGCAAGUUGGUGAUUUUGCAA